AUGGCUUUGCGAGUUCCUAAGGCCUCUGGGCCUCAAUUAUUUCGCGAAGGCUAUAGAAUCAUGCAAGGCGUCGAAGAUGCCGUGAUUCGUAACUGUCAUGCCAUUCGUGAAUUGUCUGAAAUUACUAGGACAUCUUUGGGACCUAAUGGAAAAAAUAAAAUUGUUGUAAACCAUCUUCAACAAACAUUCCUCACAAAUGAUGCCGCAACCAUUAUAAGAGAGUUAGAAGUCAUUCAUCCUGCAGCCAAACUCGUUGUCGAUGCUACGAAACAGCAAGAAAAUGAGCUCGGUGAUGCCGCAAACUUUGUGAUCGUAUUUUGUGGUGAAUUGUUAGCAAAGACCGAAAAUAUGAUUCAUAUGGGUUUAACUCCUUCAGAGAUUGCAAAAGGUUAUGAAAUGGCGUAUAGCCAUGUUGCAAAAGCAUUAGAGGAAAUUGUUGCAGACAAAAUUGAAACCGUGGAAAAUGAAGAAGGUUUAAUCAAGGCUAUUCGCACUUGUAUCUCUUCCAAGCAAUAUGGCAACGAAGAUUUCCUUUCGGACUUGGUUGCUAAAGCUAUCCUCACUGUUCUUCCUAAAGAUCCUACAAAAUUCAAUGUAGAUAACAUUCGAGUUGUGAAGAUUAUGGGUGGUAGUCUUUAUAAUUCUCAAGUUGUAAAGGGUAUGGUCCUCCCUAGAGAGCCAGAAGGAACUGUCCAACGGGUAAAGAAGGCUAAGGUUGCCAUUUUCUCUUGCCCGUUAGAUAUUUCUCAAACUGAAACUAAGGGUACCGUUUUGUUGCACAAUGCUCAAGAAAUGCUUGAUUUCUCUAAAGGAGAAGAACAACAAAUUGAGUCCCAUAUUAAGGAGAUUCACGAUGCAGGUGUUCGCGUCGUUGUUACUGGAGGAAAUGUCAAUGAUCUAGUUUUGCAUUAUUUAAACCGUUUUGAAAUUGCAGUCGUGCGCGUUCCCAGUAAGUUUGACCUUCAUCGCUUAUGCCGUGUCGUAGGUGCUACUCCUUUGUCUCGUGUUGGUGUUCCUAUGCCUGAAGAAAUGGGGUCCGUUGACAUUGUCGAGACCAUAGAGAUUGGUGGCGAUCGUGUUACCGUCUUCCGUCAAGUGGAAGAUAUUACAAGGACUGCUACAAUUGUCUUGCGUGGUGCUACUAAGACUUAUUUGGAUGAUAUUGAACGUGCUAUAGAUGACGGUGUUAAUAUUGUUAAAGCUCUUGUUAAGGAUAACCGUUUACUUUACGGAGCAGGAGCAAGCGACAUGCAGCUUUGUACUAGACUUAUUUCGAUUGGUGAAAAGACACCAGGAAUUUAUCAACAUGCUAUUAAGCAGUACGGUGAGGCCUUUGAAGUUAUACCUAGAACUAUUUCAGAAAAUGCCGGUUUGGAUUCUACAGAUAUUCUAAGCAAAUUGUAUGCCGCUCACCAAAAGGAAGGUGGUGAAUCCAUUGGAGUUGACGUUGAAUGUGAGGAUGAAGGUGUUCUCGAUGCUAAGAAAGGUCAAUUGUUUGAUGUGUUGGCUGCCAAACACUCUGCGAUUAGACUUGCAACAGAAGCCGUGUUAACAGUUUUGAACGUUGACCAGGUCGUUAUGUCAAAACCUGCAGGCGGUCCUAAACCUCCUGGACCUAAUCCAAACUGGGAUGAUGAUUAA